UGCUCUCUGCUCUGCCGUUUGUUAACCCAAAUGCUUGCGUGCUAGUUUUUAGGGCUCAGAUCUGCGGCGAUGGCGGUCGAUCUGAUGAGCUACGGCAAGGCGGAGGAGCAGAUCUCCAUUCAGGAAGCCGGCGCCGCAGGACUCCGCUCCAUGGAGCACCUCAUCCUCCGCCUCUCCGACUGUCGAUCACAGCAGCAGCUAGACUGCGGCGAGAUCGCCGACGUCACCGUGUCCAAUUUCAAGAAGUUCAUCUCCGUUCUCAACCGAACUGGGCACGCCCGAUUCCGCCGCGGUCCUACCGCGCCGCACCUGACGGCGGCAGAGCCGAAGCAGGUUAGUGCUAUGGCGGAAACCCUGAUCCUCUCCCCCGUACCUCUCCGGACCAAGCCUCCCCGGCAUUCCCUGCCGCCUUCGCCGCUGCCUACCCAGACACGGACCCUCGACUUCACCAAGCCGAUUCACGUCUCGGCGAGCGAGGCGUCGCCGCGGAGCCGGUACAACAAAGAGUGUUUCAACAUCUCGGCGACCGCUUUGUUUGUGUCUUUCGUCACCGGUGACGGCAGCCUGCGGAACAGCAGGACCAGUGCUGCGACAUCCCUCAUCCUCUCCCCGUCCGUUUCCGCUGGCAAGCCGCUGAUCUCCUUCUCAACGCUCGAUCGACGGUGCCACGAGCAUGCUCACGCACACUCGGAGCAUAUCGACGGUAAGUACGCCGUUCCCAGCGAGCAAUGCCACUGCUCCAAGAGAAGUAAAUCUCGCCUCAAGCGGAUGAUCCGCGUGCCGGCAGUGAGCGCGAAGGUUUCUGACAUUCCCACUGACCAGUAUUCGUGGCGCAAGUACGGCCAGAAGCCGAUCAAGGGCUCCCUUUACCCCAGGGGCUACUACAAGUGCAACACCCUACGCGGUUGCCCAGCCAGGAAGCAGGUGGAGCGGGCACGCGAAGACCCUUCGAUGUUGAUCGUAACGUACGAGGGGGAGCACCUCCAUACGGCGGUCGGCGCCGCCGACUCUGUCAUCUGAGGUUGGCAUCCCGCAAGAUGAUUCAUGUAGAAAGCAUGGAAUGCAAGGCAACCAUACAUGGUUAGUGUGGCAACGAAAAACAGUCCCGGUCGAGUGCUGAACUGGAAAAGAAGAAUGAAGUUGGAAGACGAUUAGAGAUAUCGUGGUGUUAACAGCAUCCAGAGCUUCUAGACUUCCUGCACGAGGGCACGGAUGCAAAUUAAAGCACCUUCAGCUUCCAUCCUUCUGUACAAUUCUAUAUACAUAUUCUAUUUUGUGUUAUAUUUUUAUAUACAAGUACGGAUUAUAAAUGUUUUUUCUCCAAGUUUUAAACAUAUACCUCCAUUAUAUAAGUUCAAAUAGGUCAAUAAGAUAUAAGUUAGUCUAGAAUAUACAUAGGUUUUUAAUAAAAUUAUUUAUUAAAACUAUAGAAUUAGUAUCUUUGUUUGAGUAUAGAAGGUUUGAUACUGUGAAUGGGGAGGUCCCCAAGUUGGGGUCAGAGGUCAAUAGACCAGUGUAUGUGGUAGUCAAAGUCCAAGUUGGGUUAAAGCCCGAGUAACCUACCCGAUGGGAUCUCCCCACACCGAUCAACCUUCCUCGGAGGUACGCUCCCCACUUAGCCAGAUGUUCACGAGGCUCUGCUCCCUAUCUCAUCCCUAUCGAUUGAUACUGAUUGAAUAUACUCUUGGGAGCUCUACUCUCCAUCUCAUCCUGAUCGGCUAACACCGAUCAGAUAUACUCUUAAGAGUCCCACUCCCGAUCAGCUAAUGCUGAUCGGAUAUAUUCUCAGGGUCCAGCUCCCCACUCAGUCAGAGGUUCACGGGGCUUUGCUCCCCAUCUUAUCCCGAUCAGCUAAUGUCAAUUGGACAUACUCUCAAGGGUUCAACUCCUCACCCAGCUAAAUACUUAUGGGGUUUUGCUCCCCCCUUAUCUCGAUCGGCUAAUGCCGAUCGGACAUACUCCCCGGGGCCUAGCUCCCUAUUGGGAUGCUAUCAUGACCUAGUUACUUCUCAUGAGAGACUGAACUCCCUGUUCUCAGACCCAUCAUUCUGAUUACUAGCCCAAUAGGCCUUCCAGCCCAUGAACCCGUUUCACCAUUAAGACACCACGUGGGUUGGUCAAAGGAGAAUUGUAUUUUUACAUAAAUACGCAAUACCCCAUAUCUACAAUGAGAUUGCAGGAUACGGUGGAAUCAUGACAAUUAGACAAGUUAUUUAGCAACGAUGUGAUGUCUUAUUAAAUGUGGAGAUCAUAAUAAGCAUUAUAAAAUGAGAUCCCUCUCCGUUGGUGCAAGUACACAAGUCCACGACCUUUCUUUCAUUACUCCACUAUUCUUCUUCUUCCCAAGAUCCCGACUUGAUCUUCGGAGUAGCUGCGCUAGAGACCUCCUGAUCUUACUGAUGGUUUUUUUCCUUUUUCUGCUCUUGCUCGCAGGCAUUUCCAAUUUGAAGUUUUUUUCCGAUCAACCUCCAAGUGAGCUCAUUCUCGCAGGCAUUUCCAAUUUGAAGUUUUUUUC